GCCCCGAGCCGCGGCCCCGCCGGACGCCACAGCGACGCGACGCGAGGCGACGCGACAGCGACGCGGGCCGAAGCCGCGAGUGGGCGACGCCGACGCCGGGGCCGCGGGGUCCGGGGGGGCACGGCCUAUGCCAGCCCGUAGGCCAGCCUGUAGGCCAGCCCGUGGUGGGCCAGCCUGUCCGGGGCCAGCCGCGGGGCCAGCCGCGAGGCCAGCCACCAUGGUAUGAGGCGCACGCCAUGCGCACGCCGCCCGCAGCACGCCCGCCGCCGCUGCAGCAGCAGCAGCGGACGCGGUGCAUCAGCAGCAGCAGCUGCAGCAGUAGCAGCCCGGGGACUCGGUGCGCCCCUUGCCCGUCGUCCUCUGCAGGGCGCCCCACACCAUCUGAUCGCCGACAUGUCGUCGGACCAGCAGUGCUUGUGUUUGUGUGUGUGUUGUGCGCCGUGUUGUGCGGACGCGUGGGCGCCAGCGAGUUCCCCGAGCGGGAGUGCUGCGAUCCCAUGUCGGCCACGGCCUCGGUGUCGCCGUACUACGACGCCACAACGGCCGACGGAUAUGGCGGGCAGGUGCCGGGCACGGGGCUCGUGCCGAAGACCAAGAACUCCAUCUCGGUGCUCAACUGCCUCGUUGCCCGGGACCUGUGCUUCAACGACGUGGCGUGCGCCUCCAUCCUCGAGUUGAUCCCCAGGGUCUGCGGCCCGGAACUGGUGGCUUGCUCCACCGUGACUGUAACCAAGUGCCAGGCCGCUCUGCGUACCCUGCAGGCCUUCCCCUUCUUCAACCCCACCUGCCUGUGCCGGGAGCCUACCGUGGACCCCGAGUGCAACUCCUUCCGCGACUUCCUGUACGAUCACCCCUGCAUAUACGUGCUCAAGAAAGAGCUGGACCUCUACCCCGUGGAAGCGCUCACCACCUGCAACCACGCCCUGGCCGUGUGUAACUCGGAGCCCAAGUGCAUCGCCCUGUUCGACCAGUUCAAAGCGGACUGCAAAGUGCGGGACAAGAAGUGCCGCAUGGACAGCAGAGAGCGCUGUUUCCAGUCUUGGAAACAGAUGAGAAAGACGCCCAUCUUCGGCUGCAUCUGCCCAAAUAACCACAUGAAGCGGCGCUGUGACAGGAUAUUCAGCACGCUCAACUACAACAGAUGCGUCGGCUACGACGCGGUGGAGCCCGAGGCGGUGGGCGAGCAGACGCAGCUGUCGUUCCGCUCCACGUGCCAGACGGCGCUGGACGCGUGCUACCAGAAGUUCGCCUGCAACCGCGCGCUCAAGCCCGUCCUGCGCCACUGCAGCGACUUCUCGCGCUGCUCGCAGCCGCAGUGCCUGGAGGCGCUGCAGCACUUCUACCGCACCAUCGACCUCAACAACUCGAUCGACAUCGCCUUCUGCCAGUGCAAGAAAUCCGAGCGCAACGGCGAGUGCAAGAGCGCCGAGUACAAGCUGCACCCCAUCUGCGCGCAGCGCACCGAGGACGGCCGGCUGCCGGCGUGCCACACGCUGCCGGAGAAGUGCAAGGAGGACCGCACGUGCCGCACCAAGCUGGAGCGCUACGUGCAGGCGUGCGCCGUGGACUCGCUCAUCAAGCGGUGCGCGGGGCCCGUGGAGGACUGCCGCAUCGCCAUGCUCGGCAUCAUGGGCACGCCGCUCAAGAUGAACUGCGCGUGCCGCGGCACGGACACCAUGCAGCUGUACGACUGCCUGGGCUGGCAGCGGCUGCUCUGGAUCAACCCGUGCGUGGAGGAGGCCAAACAGGAGUACCACAUGCAGCUGCUGGCGGCCGAGCGCGGCGGCAGCGUCGUGUGGGGCACCCUGCCGCCCACCACGGCGCUGUCCACCGUGGUGGUCAACACGACGCCCGCCGUGCGCUACCGCGUCGUCACCGAGGCCAGUAACGUCAUCAACGGCAACGGCAACGGCCACUCGCACCGCGCCCACCACGGCAACGGCCACCACCGGCACACGCAGCCGCCCGCCGAGUACAACCAGGCGCAGCCGCCCGCCGCGCCCGCCACCCCGCCGCCGCCAACCGUGGCGGCCGCGGCCGAGGCCACGACGACCAGCACGAGCGCGCCCACCACGACGGUCGCCGCCACGGCCGCGGCCGCCGCAGCGCCGCCCGCGCCCAGCAGUACCACCACCACGUCCACCACGACGACCACCACCACGCCGCCACCCAGCACGGCGCUCGCCACCACGCCCACCACCACCACGACCAGCACCACGCCGAGCACCACGACGUCCACGACGACCACCACGACGACCACCACAACGACGACCACCACGACUACGCCCCGGCCGACCACCUCGACGGAGCCGCCGAAGUACUGCGUCCUGCAGCGCCAGCAGCAGACGAGGCACCUCAUCAAGGAGGGCUCCGGCAUGAGGUUCCAGCGCGCCGACGAGCCCGAGUGCUCCGAGGUGUGCCAGUGCCACCCGGGGGACUCGCUGUCGUGCAACAUGGUGUGCGUGGCCAGGACGCCGUGCCGCACGGACUACGCCUUCUACAACCACGCCUCUCCCGCCUACCAGGCGUACCGCGGCCGCUGCCUCUGCUACUCGGGCCGCUUCAUCUGCAUGCGGCCGGCGCCAGACACCUACUCGCUGCCGGAGGGGGUGUUCCUGUUCGUGGGCUACUCGGAGCGGGAGGAGGCCAUGAUGCAGGAGCUGUCCAACCUGACGGUGGCCGACGUGGCGGCCACGCUGCAGGAGCACAUGCGCGCGGGCCUGCACCACGUCCCCGGCGAGCCCGACCGCCACGCGGACCGGCACGCCGAGCGGCAGACGGACAACGCGGUGGACGCGCCGCGCGAGGUCAUGUGCACCCUGCUGCUGCACAACGUGACGCGCGGCAACCUCAUCCUGGUGGCCAAGCUGGUGCAGACCAACGUCACCGAGGAGCUCAGCCAGGCCGACAUGCUGCGCAAAGAGAAGGAGGAGUGCGUGGGGCCGCUGCACGACAUUGUGGAGAAGAUCAACUCGCGACACUCGGACUUCAACUCGCACCUGCUGCUGUCCAUCCUCAAGCUGGGCCUGGUGGAGGUGCGGGUGCCGGACCGGUCGUCGUCCGCGUCCUCCGCGCAGGUGCGCGCCCUGGACGCCACGCCGCUCCUGCUCGCCUGCCUGCUGGCGCACGCCCUGGGCGUCCUCCUGGCGCUGAGGCCGAGACCGCGACCCCCAUUGCGGCCGCAGGACACCAGUCACUGAUAUAGACAUUCCCGUCGUUUUAUUCAUUUUCUUUCUUUCAUGUUUACUUUGGUCAAGUCGCGCGGAGUUUUCUUUUCCCUCUUCCAGCCCUCUGUGCGGGAGCUGCUGGCAGCUGUCGCCGGGUGGCAUAAGAGUAUGCGUCGUCCUUCUGUUGCAUCUGGAAUUUCGUACAAAUCUCUAUCAAGUUCGCGUGAAGGGACGUCAAGGCGUCUGUCAGCGAAGGAAAGUAACAGAAUAGCUGGGGCCUUUUUUUUACUCAGAAAAAGGCCAUGUUUGCACAAUUUAUAAGAGUAACUAUUGUGAUAUGUACACAUUCGGCAACAACUAAUUGCUGCUGAUUGUCAUUUAAUUCUCGAUUGUAAAGUAAUUUAUUCUGCAGGCACAUGAACAGCCUUGCUGUUCAGCCGGCCAAAACGAUGACAUAUCAGUCCCAUUUUAUUGAAUGGGGCGCCUCUCACGGUGUUUAGGUAAAUGAUGUGAAAGUAAGAAAACGUGUGCGUUUAAGAAUAGUUUAUAAAAUAAUUUUGUUGCGAUUUUCCUUGAAGUCGUAAAAAUGCAUUGUAAUAUAAGGAUGUCACAUGAUAGAGUUAAUAUACUUCCAUUGUUUCACAUAUCAUGUUUUUGGUUUAGAGGAAAACAGUCCAAUUUGGUAUUUCUUCUAGUUAACUCGCUAAAAUAUCUUUGACUGGUUUUUAAAUCAAUAUCUAGGAUGAAAUGGAACUUUAAAUGAGGCUGUGUUAAAGGGAGUAACAUCGUUCUGGCGCUGUCUCACUCUCUCUCUUUAUUGUUUCACUUUCUUUUGUUUUAUCAACAACUCUGAGGAUGAUAAAAUGUUUUACAUCAAAGCAAUCAAAAAACCUCCCUUUAACGCUCAGAGAUAUCCCUGUAGAAAAUGCAAGAGAGAGCAUUUCUCGCGUGCAACGUCUAAAUUAUGAAAUGUGCUGUAGACUGUUUUUACCCAAUAGGGUUAAUAUGUACUAGAUCAUCUGUUAGACAUUACUCACCGAUACAUAUCAAUGAACAUAUCAAUGUGGGUGGCAUAUCUUUUUAGAGGGCCUUUGUGAUUAGGGCUGAAUGUGUAUAUCUUUUGCUAUAGUAAGUAUGUAUUGUACAACACAUAUAUUUUGAUUAUGUACUUAGUUGUAACGUGUGUGGAGGAAGGAACAAGGAAUCAUGUGUUUCAAUUAAUUCGUUGACUACAAUCCCCUCCAUUCAGAUUGAUAAAUAAUAAAAGCCUUCUCAGAGAGCAUAAAUUUUAUCAGUGUAGUGUUUUAAAGGAAAAUCCUGUACUGUUUUAGCAUGAGUGAUUGCAGACUAUUCGUAGAAUAUACCUCAUUAUUCUUCACUUCAAGUAAAUUUUUGAGAUUCCAAUCUUAGUUUCUUUAGUACCACUAUUUGACCAAAAUCCAUCAUGUAUCCUUCCUUAGCACCCUAUCUACUUUAUCUUGCUCAAUAUUUAUGUUGUUGACACACCUUUGUACCAGAGGGGUAAUCUGUGCAAAGCACUUGAACGGUUUUCUACUUUGUGGGUUGUUAAAUACAGAAAGUAAGGUGUGUUUCCUAAUGUCAAGCCUUCAGGCUGAACAAAAUCUCUUAAGACCGAUGAGAGGGGAGAUAUUAAUUAUUCAGCCUCUGGAGGUCAUCAAAGUAGCCUGUGGCGCUUAUAGUCCAUUUAUAGUCUAUUAUGACUAUGAAUCUUAUGAAGGCAUAUCAGAAUGUUGCAUAUCAAGUAGUAUUAAGAACAGGCAAAGUAGUGAGUGUAAAUCUCAAAAGUGCUAUGAGAAUUUGGAAUAGUAAUUUUUGUAUUAUAUUCCUAUGUAGGCAAUUGAAUGGGUCUUUUGAGUAAGCCAAAUAAAACUAAUGCUUUAAGCUCCUUGCUUCUUUUUGUUGUGAGGGACAUUGUUAAAUUUGUAUAUUGUUUCUCUUUUUGAUGUUUUAGUACCUUCAUUUUAUAUGACUUUUGUCAUAAAACAUACCAUAAAGUAACAAACACAUAUCAAAAUGUGAUAGAUAUUUAUGCUGCAAAUUGCUGUUGCAAAAGAUAGAAUUACCACUUAAAUUCUUGACAGUCGUGUGAAAAACAUAUCAAAUCCCUUUUAGGGAAAUAUUGUGCCCAUGUGAUGAAAGAAAUUAAUUGUUUACCUUAUUUAGUUGCAAUGUAAGAAUGUUGUUAGUCUACAUAGUACUGUAUGCCGUUGACUUUAUACAAUGUUUACUUUUGUUAUCUACUCAUCCCAUUCUUAAAUUUUAGUUGUGAGGAGAAUGUUUCGGAUUGAGCCCAUUGUUUUAGAUUGCUCUGUGACCUCAGAAUGUUAUUGCCCCUCCCUAUCCCUUUCUCUAUAACUUUGAAAAUACCGUACUCAAUAAAACAUAGCACAAACAUUGGAUGCUGAAAAUUUAUCAUUAAAUGUGGAUUUUUAUUUGUAGGUGUAGUAAAGAGAUGACUUUAGUUGCUUAUUCUAGUGUUCAAUGCUGUAUAUCAAAUCAGAUUCGCAGUUCAAAUCCUACCAGAUGAUUACCCCCCCCCCCCUCCCCCCCAAAAAAAAGCCAAACAAAAGCAUCCAGGGCAAGGUAAAUGGGAAAAGACUCCCAGGUGUUACUCUGUUACAUGGUCCAGUAUUUUUUAAUGGUACUCAUUUUAUACAAGACUUUUUCAGAAUUAAAAGUCUUUUCGUUGAACGGAGGAGCCUUGGGAGGCGUCUGAUGGACCAAUACAGAUAACAUCUAUAUCGAAGGAUGAUGUGUGCGAGGUUUGUGUGAGUGUAUGUUGUACGUUGUUUGAUGUCAAAAUGUUUCGUUGUAGAAGAAAUUUCCCGUUUAAUGUGUGGUAUUUUAUUUCUGCAUUAAUUCAGGAUAGAAGCAUCCAUUGCCUUACUUAAACCCCAAAUUAUAUAUGUUAGUAUGAAUUAUUUUAUGGUUUUAUCCAGUUUAUAGUAUGCACAAUCUUUUCCUGACCCUCAGCUAGCAGUGAAUGAAUGAGCGUGCUAUUAAGUUUCUAGUCUUCAACCAGAUAGGUGAUUAAAUGUAGUUUAGCCUUGCUAAGGGCACAAAUAAGCUUUGAGGAGGCUGUCUACAGUUUAGCACAAGCUUACCAUGUAUUCUCCUUGUUUGAGGGCGUACUUCAACAUAUGAUGAGGCACUGCUUUACUUCUUACCACCCAAAGAUGUACUUUCCUUUAAAAUUUUGGGUCUGCGCUCUCAGUAGGUCAAAUUCACAAAUCCCUGUGAUUCCGAGUUCCUUCCAGUCACCUGCUCAUAUUGCAACCUUCGCACAUCACCCUAACUCAAUGUAAAUAAAUCAUGUACAGUGUUCAAAGAGGUCAAAUAUGUAUCAAAUGUUGGAGAAAUUAAAGAAAAUUGCACGUUGGUUAUAA